UUGGGAUCAUGACUGUAUAUCAUUCCCUUCAAAUGCUAUUGAGCUUUAAAUAAUGGUAUAUUUUGUGUAUGGGCCCAUUCUGUAGUGAAAUUCAUGUCUAAUUUUAAUGGGAUUUAAUAGCUCAUUUUAAUAAAUAUGAAAAAUCUAAACGAUGUGCAUCAUACCGGACACCUAGAUGAACACUUUACACUUGGUUUUGUGACUGUAAGUUAUUCCCUUCAAAUGCUAUUGAGCUUUAAAUAAUGGUAUAUUUUGUGUAUGAGUCCAUUCUGUAGUGAAAUACACGUCUAAUUUACAUAUGAUUUAAUAGCUUAUUUUGACAAAUAUGAAAAAUCUAAGAGGUGUGCAUUAUAGCUGACACCUAUAUGAACACUAUACAGUUGGUUAUAUGACUGUAAGUCAUUCCUUCAAAUGCUAUUGAAGUUAGAAACGUGUUUAACAAUGUCGUAUGUAACUUUAGAGACGGUCCCUUAAUUUCCGCACAUCCGCGAAUAUCGAACGUCCAACGCCAAACCAACUUUAUUCCAGUCAUGGAACAUCUUCUUUUUGAUGCUUUUAUGCAUUUUUUUGGCAUUCUCUCUUUAUUUGCAUCUUAUCUCUGUGUGAGUCUUUCAUUCCAUUCUGACAUAUGGUCACACAGCAAGAGAGAGAGAGAGAGAGAGAGAGAGAGAGAACGCAGAAAGAGAAUGAUGCACAUACGCACAGUCUUCACAAAAAAACACAACAAACAGGGUGAGGUGAGCUCCUGAUGAUCAUCUCCCUUCAUCUUCUUUGUACCUGGUUGCACUUUAAAAUAAGAAUCUCAGUAAUGGCCUGUACCUGCACCUCAAUGAGCACCCAGUACUCCUCACUAAGGUUAAAGAAGGUGUCGGAAUAAAAAGUCGCACUGAGCAAAGAAGCCGAAGCAAAGGAGCAGCACAUUUAUCACUCAGAAGUCAGUAUCAAGAGUCCACAUAUAAAAAUAGCAAUCAUAUAGCUGAUUAUUAGCACACUUUUACAGUCUGUUAGAUGUUAAUUCAGAUGAAUUAUUGAUGUAACUGUUGAUGAUUGACAUAAUUCACAAUUUUGUACCAUUCAGUGCCCCCUGCACUACAUUACCCAGCAUGCACUGAACAAAUAUGUCACAUUUCCAUUGGGGAUUCCCACUCCAGUCAAUCAAUGCAUUAAUGAAUAGGUUAGUGAUGACCUCAGUGCUAUUUGCUAGCUUUACUGCUAGUAUUUAUGAUAACUAAUCCAGUACAGCAGUUAUUGACGCCUUCAUGUGGAGACCUGUUACCGCAUAGCGCUAUUGAAUUCUGGAUUCUGAUUGGUUGCUAUUGCUUUUAUAGUAACUGCUGAUUCACAGGCAGCUGUAUGGAGGAUGCUGCACAUAAAUGAAUUUAAAAAUGUGACGUUAUUUAACAAAGAAAAAUCUAUAAUCACUGAUAUGGUGAACUUUUCUGUAAGGAGACUCUUUUUAAAACAUUUAUGGAAGGAGUCUGUAUUGUUAGCACUUUGUCACAGUCAGAGGUAAAGCUGUAACUUUAAAUGGUGCCAUAAACCCUGCUGUCCACCUCUAAGUCCACACUUUGGUGGUGUCAUCUCACUGUGGACUAAUGGUACGCGAAUUAUCAAAGGUGCACGGGUGUGAAUUAGAAGAUGCGGGGACAGAAACCGAACGUGGAAGAGUUGCUGAGGCAGUCUCAGACAGAGCUGCUGUGGAUCCGAAGGCAGCUGUCAAUCAUUGCAGCUCGGAAUGCCAGUCAUACCCGGGCCAGAGCGAAGCUGAAACACGAGGUCCUGCCUCUCCACCUGUCCAACGUGAACCGAUUCCGCCUUCUGGAGGAGACGAACCGAACCCUGAAGCUUGAGGUGGCCACACUGAGGCAGCAGAAGCAGCUCUACAAAUCGCUAGAAACAGAAGUGAGUGAGAGGGGGAAGAGGUGUCAGCUUCUCGAGCGGGAGGUUAAGAACAAGAUCUCAGCAUGCCAGAGUUUAAAGCAUGAGCUCCAGCUGGCAAAACAAGAGAGGAAACGCCUCAACCUCCAGCUGUUCAGUCACAGCCUGAAGGCGGAGCAGUACGAGGAGGUAAAGUCGGACUAUGAGAAGCUCAGAGAGACAUUGGCGAGUGUAAGUGAGCAGAGGGACUCGGCAAGACGGGAAAAAGAUGAGCUCCAAGGCAAACUGGAGAAUCUUAAGCAGGCCCUAAAGCAUAUGUGUGAGGCUGCAGAAGCGAGGCAGCAGCUGGAGACAGAGCAUGAACAGGCCCUGGAGAUCCUCAGCUCCACACAGCAGGAGAUCCAGCUUCUGCGAAAGGCUCAGGUUGAGGCUGAUAAAAAGCAUGAAGAAAAGGUUCAUUUGCUAGAGGUCAAAGUUCAUGACCUGGAACAGAAAUGCCGGACUCAGAGUGAUAAGUGUAACAUUCUGUCCAAAGAGUUGGAGAAAUUUCACUUGGGUUUGCACACCGAUCCUGAGCGCUGGCCAGAAACCGCCAGAUCACGGAGAGCAAUCUGUAACCUCCUCAACGAGCUGCAGAGUUGCACUGGAAAAGGUGAUGACAGAUCUGCAGGUUCUCCGCUAAUCUCUGAGCUCCUCCAGCCACUGCAGGUCAGCAGAGAUACACCUGAGACGCCGUUGCACAUCAACAUCGCCAUAACAGCGAGACCCCAAUUAAUGAGCAUCUCAGAGAUGGAUGAUGAGGUGAGUCCAGCUCCAAGGUCCAAGGCAAGAUACACAGGACAGGUUCGUCUCUGCACGGCCCGCUACAGUUAUAAUCCUUACGAUGGACCCAAUGAGCAUCCUGAGGCUGAGCUGCCUCUUGUUGCUGGGAAAUAUCUCUAUGUGUACGGAGACAUGGAUGAUGAUGGAUUCUAUGAAGGAGAGUUGCUGGAUGGCCAGCGUGGAUUGGUCCCUUCUAAUUUUGUGGAGUUUGUCCAGGACAAAGAGAAGCCAUCGGUGGAUGGAGCAGAAGAUCUGGGGCAGCUGGAGCAUGGCCGUUUAAGCCUGACAGCCAUAGACGGAGGUAUUUCCCUGGACAGCCUAAGCGUUGACUCUCUUGGGCCGUGCAGUAACGGGACUGGCACUCUGGAUGCUGAGGAGCUGGCUGAUGACAUCGUGCCUUACCCGAGAAAAAUCAACUUAAUCAAACAGCUGGCAAGGAGCGCCAUCGUGGCUUGGGAGCAACCUCUAGUGCCCCUUGGUUGGGGCAACAUCAAUGGCUACAAUGUUUUAGUGGACGGGGAGGUUCGCGCUACUGUGCCCUUCAGUGGCAGGACCAAACUCUUGGUGGAGAAGCUGGAUCUAGCCACCUGCACAUACCGCAUGUCAGUGCAGAGUGUGACGGACCGAGGUUUGUCGGAUGAGCUCCGCUGCACCAUGCUGGUGGGACGGAAUGUCACGGUGGCUCCAACGGGCCUGCGCUUGGACGACAUCAUGCGUGACUCAGCGGAGCUCUCCUGGCUCCCCAGCAACAGCAACUACUCGCACACAGUGUUUUUGGAUGGAGUUGAGCAUGCUGUGGUGAAGCCAUGCUGUUACAGACUGCGCUUCAGCAACCUGAAAGCCACCACCGUGUACAAGGUGAGGGUGGUGGCCAAACCACACCAGGUGCCCUGGCACAUGCCACUGGAACAGCGAGAGAAAAAGGAAGCCGGGGUCGAGUUCUGCACACAGGCUGCAGGCCCUCCUCUGCCUCCCAAUGAGGUGCAGGUCCAGUGUGGACAGGCUCCAGGGAUUCUGCAGGUCCACUGGAAGCCUCCAUUGUUGACGCCCAUGGGGACCUCCAAUGGUGCCAAUGUCAUUGGCUACGCAGUGUGCACCAAGGGCCAGAGGAUCGCUGAGGUGUUGUACCCAAUGGCUGACUUUGCAACAGUGGAUCUGAACUGUAUCCAGUGUUUGGAGGCCCGUGAGGUCGUGGUCAGGACUUUAUCAGCACAAGGCGAAAGCCAGGACUCGCAUGUCGCCGUCAUUCCUAACAACCUGCUCGUGCCUCCACCCCAAGUCCACCUUCCACCUCACCACAUGCCCCAGCCCUUGCCUCCAUGCACUGCACUCCCACCUCCAAUGCAGCCUCUUCCCCCUCAUGCUGGCCCUGAUUCAAGUUCCCAUCUUCAAACACUUCCCAUUCGCCCAAACCAGCCAGUUGCUCAUCUUCAGCCUCAUCCUCUACCCCAUCCUACUCAGCCAUCUCCUCCUCACCUCCAGCCUCUACCUGCUCACCCUUUCCCCCAGCCCCAGCCUACCAUUCCAAUACAUCAGCCCACAAUCCCAAUACCUCAACCCACCAUCCCAAUGCCUCAACCCCACAUUCCCCAGUUGGCCCUUCCCCAGCCACAGAGACCACCAAGUGCCAGAGAAUUGGAAACCAAAGAGCAGGUACUGGGCAUGCUUCACCCUGGUGGGGGUCCUGCACAGCCAUGGGAGCCUUUGUGUUCUGGCCUUCCCCCAGCUCUGCCACAUGGACACACUCUCGAGGCACCGCCAUGCCCUAACCGCCGCUCACCUUCUCCUCAGAGAAUCCUUCCCCAGCCCAGAGGCACCCUCAUUCCAGAUACAAUGGCCAAAGCCAUCGCCCGUGAAGCUGCCCAAAGAGUGGCUGUAGAGACCGGGCGGAUGGAGAGGCGAAGUCAGGGCUUUCACUCUCAAAACUCAGAUGAGGAAGAGGAUGAGGAAAGCUAUCAGUCUCGCAGAAGAGGAGAAUCUGUGGAUGACUUCCUUAGGGGCUCAGAACUGGGCAGGCAGUCCCACUACAGUCACAGUGAAGAUUACCAGACAGAAAGCAGUCGAGGUUCAGACCUAUCUGAUAUUCUGGAGGAGGAUGAAGAGGAGCUGUACUCUGAAAUGCAACUGGAGGAUGGACGACGGCGCAACUCACACAGUGCUCUUAAGGUGGGCAACGUUUCAUCUUCAGGAAGGCUGGAUCGGGACUCAAAUCGGAGGCCAGCUCAUGGGGGUCCUCAACCCCAGCGCAGACCGCUCAUGGUCCCCUCUAUUGGAGGUUACAGGGACCGAGGACGGCGGUCUCCUCCACACUACGAUGAGUCCGAAUCUGAAGACCCCUUCCGUAUCUUUGUAGCAUUGUUCGAGUAUGACCCUCUCUCCAUGUCCCCAAACCCAGAUGCUGCUGAUGAAGAGCUUCCUUUUAAAGAAGGACAGAUCAUCAAGGUGUAUGGGGACAAAGACACGGAUGGGUUUUAUCGGGGAGCGAUCCAUGGCCGGUCUGGCCUCAUUCCCUGUAACAUGGUGUCAGAGAUACAAGCUGAGGAUGAGGAGACUAUGGAUCAGCUCAUGAAGCAGGGCUUUCUACCCUUAAAUACCCCAGUGGAUAGAAUAGUCAAGGUGGUGGUGGAUCCAAAGUCUAUCCUGGGAACAGUGGUUGUGAGGUGGGAAUACACCCUGUUUGGGACACCAGUCCAUCACAGGGCACCAUGCACAAAUACAUUGAGACAUUGUUUCACACCUAGGAAUUACUUCAAGACUUUCACGAAUAAGAGAUACUCUCAUUGCUUCUUUUCUGUAGAGCACAGUCGAAAAGGCGGCCGGCACCCUGUGGCUACUAGAAGAAUGGUUGCUCUUUAUGACUAUGACCCCAGGGAGAGUUCACCAAAUGCAGAUGUUGAGGCGGAGCUGACGUUCUGUGCUGGUGAUAUCAUCGCUGUAUUUGGGGAGAUAGAUGAAGACGGUUUCUACUAUGGUGAGAUUAAUGGACAUCGCGGUCUGGUUCCCUCCAACUUUCUAGAAGAAGUGCCUGAUGACGUGGAGGUCUAUCUCACAGAGACUCCGUCCCACCAUGAGCAGGAAGAGCCAGUGCCGGCGCCGCGCCCGGAGCCUAAACGGGUGCCAGUGGAAAACACGGUUCCAGCACCCGUCCUGGGAAGACCUGCGUCCCCGAUUGUGCGUCCUCUGCUCCCUCUGGGCCCCACUCAUCUCCUUAGUCCUGCCAGGGGGCCGAGAGACCUGAAAAAGAAGAAAGGACUGCUCUCCAAGGGGAAGAAUCUGCUCAAGAAGUUCUCAAAGUAAAAGUUGAUGCUAUACACGAUCAAAAAAGGGCCACAUGCUCAU